AUGGGAAGUGAGCCAAUAAUGAUAUUUGGCUCCCUCAAUAAACAAAAGAUUAUUAUUUUGGGUGAAGCUGGAACACAUGCUUCUGUCCCUUUGGAAAUGUUCAGAGUUGUUUCACUGUACAUUACUGUUGUGCAUAUCACACUACCAAAGCCAACUGACUAUUUGACCUAUCAGAUGUCCACUUGUAUGUCACUUACACUGUUUCCACAUUUGUUUGAUUCUGAUGUAUUAAGUUGUUAUAAAAAUUUUACUGAGGCAAUAAAAACGAAUGGAAAAACUGGUGAGGCAAUACUGACCUUACGACUUAUCUUGGAAGAAAGAUUAAGAAAAGGCAAACCUACAUUUCUAGCAUUUGUAGACUUAGAGAAAGCUUUUGACAUUGUUGACUGGAAUACUCUCUUUCAAAUUCUGAAGGUGCCAGGGGUAAAAUACAGGGAGCGAAAGGCUAUUUACAAUUUGUACAGAAACCAGAUGGCAGUUAUAAGAGUCGAGGGGCAUGAAAGAGAAGCAGUGGUUGGGAAAGGAGUGAGACAGGGUAUUAAAAUUCAUGGAGAAGAAAUAAAAACUUUGAGGUUCGCCGAUGACAUUGUAAUUCUGUCAGAGACAGCAAAGGACUUGGAAGAGCAGUUGAACGGAAUGGACAGUGUCUUGAAAGGAGGAUAUAAGAUGAACAUCAACAAAAGCAAAACGAGGAUAAUGGAAUGUAGUCAAAUUAAGUCGGGUGAUGCUGAGGGAAUUAGAUUAGGAAAUGAGACACUUAAAGUAGUAAAGGAGUUUUGCUAUUUAGGGAGUAAAAUAACCGAUGAUGGUCGAAGUAGAGAGGAUAUAAAAUGUAGACUGGCAAUGGCAAGGAAAGCGUUUCUCAAGAAGAGAAAUUUGUUAACAUCGAAUAUAGAUUUAGGUGUCAGGAAGUCGUUUCUGAAAGUAUUUGUAUGGAGUGUAGCCAUGUAUGGAAGUGAGACAUGGACGAUAACUAGUUUGGACAAGAAGAGAAUAGAAGCUUUCGAAAUGUGGUGCUACAGAAGAAUGCUGAAGAUAAGGUGGGUAGAUCACGUAACUAAUGAGGAGCUGACUUUUUCAGAUGAUCUGUGUAACAAGUUUGCACUUAUGCACCUGAAGUAUGGCAAGUGGUCUCAUUAG